AGGCAGCUUACUUUUGAAGGAAAUAAAAUUUUUAGUUGCAUUCAGGAACUUAUUUGAGAAUUAGAGAAGUAUAAAUAAUGAAAUAAAUUUGGAAAAAAAUUAGGACGCGCAUGUAAGAUAAUUCAAGUUGUAGAUUAAAGUGAGCCUUGUGACACUAGCCUAAUAAGCUUGGACAAAUGACAGGGUGGAUCGAUGAUGAAACCGUAUAAAAUCAUUUACUCACAAAAGCCUAACUUGGUGAUUUUUCUUUUGAUCAUUUUAACAACUGAUAUCCGCAUCAUAUUUAUAAAGUCUAACAUGAAUCUUGAGGAAUAUCGCCAGCAUGGCAAAGAAAUGGUGGAUUACAUAGCAAAUUACCUUGAAACAAUUCGAACAAGACGAGUUUAUCCGGCAGUGUCACCUGGAUACUUGAGAAAUAUUUUACCGAUAUCAGCUCCAGUUGAAGGUGAACCAUGGGAAAAUAUUUUUGAGGAUAUUGAAAAAUGUAUUAUGCCUGGGGUUACUCAUUGGCAAAGUCCUCAUAUGCAUGCAUAUUUUCCGGCACUUAAUUGUCCAGCUAGCUUAUUAGCAGACAUGUUAGCUGACGCUAUUAAUUGUCUUGGAUUUACUUGGGCAUCAAGUCCAGUUUGUACAGAAUUAGAAACAAUUGUAAUGAAUUGGCUUGGAAAAAUGAUUGGAUUACCUGAAGAUUUUUUACAUUGUCCGGGUGGAUCAGGUGGUGGAGUAAUACAAACAACUUCCUCUGAAUCAACUUUGGUUUGUCUUUUAGCUGCUAGAACACGAGCUAUACGUGCUAUACAAGAACAUGAGCCCGAUAAGUCACCAGGAGAAAUUAAUUCUCAUCUUGUUGCUUAUUGUUCGGAUCAGGCACACUCUAGUGUAGAAAAAGCCGGACUUAUUGGGCUAGUACAAAUGCGAUAUAUCGAAUCAGAUGAUAAAUUAAGUAUGAGAGGAGACAUGUUAAUAGAAGCUAUUGCACGGGAUCGUGAAGCUGGAUUAGUGCCAUUUUUUGUAUGCGCAACUCUUGGUACAACUGGCGCAUGUUCUUUUGAUAAUCUGUGCGAAAUUGGGCCGAUUUGUGAAAAAAAUUGCAUUUGGUUACAUAUCGACGCUGCUUAUGCAGGAAGUGCUUUUGUCUGUCCUGAGUUUCGUGGAUGGUUACGAGGUGUCGAAUUUGCUGAUUCAAUUGCAUUUAAUCCAAGCAAAUGGUUGAUGGUUCACUUUGAUUGUACAGCGAUGUGGGUAAAAAAUAGUCAAGCACUUCAUAGGACAUUUAACGUUGAUCCUUUAUAUUUAAAACAUGAAAAUUCCGGACUUGCGAUUGAUUAUAUGCAUUGGCAAAUCCCAUUAUCAAAAAGAUUCCGUGCUCUCAAACUUUGGUUUGUAAUCAGAAAUUACGGAAUAACUGGAUUACAAAAACAUAUCCGUGAAGGCGUUCGUUUAGCUCAAAAAUUUGAAGCUUUAGUAUUGGGUGACUCGAGAUUUGAAAUUCCAGCAACAAGGCAUCUUGGCAUGGUUGUUUUUCGUCUUCGUGGAGAGAAUUCAUUAACAGAGAGACUGCUUAAAAAAAUGAAUAGUACUGGCAGAGUUCACUGUGUUCCUGCUUCAUUGCAUGGAAAAUACGUUAUACGUUUUACUGUUACUUCAACAAAUACAACAAAUGAAGAUAUUUUACGUGAUUGGGCUGAAAUUAAAACCACUGCUUCUGAAAUUUUAUCAUCAGCUACUGUAUCACCGGCUAGAGUUAAAGUUUCUCUUGCAGAGACGCGUCAAAAAAAUGAAAAUUUUGGAUCAAGUUUAUUGCUUGCUAAUUCCCCAAUGUCACCAAAAAUAGUCAAUGGUAGUUUUGCAGCAAUAUAUGACACAGCUGACGUUUUUAAUGACUGUAUGAAGACAUUUGGACAACUACGCUUAGAACCACGUGACAGUCCAGCAAUGCGACGUCGUAUUCGUGGUAUUUUAAUGUCAGGUAAACAAUUUUCACUAGAUUCACGAAUGGACUUAGUUCAGGGAUAUGCGUCUUGUGGACGUCCUUUAUCGGAACCUAGUACAACACUACCGUUAAUGAAAGAAGAUGAAGAUUACAAUGGAAAAAAUGAUUCAAAUCUCAGUAUCGACAAAACUGAUAAAUCUAUUGGCAUUUAUUACGAUAACUUUACAUCGAAAUCAAAUUCCGACGAUUCGAUUGACGUUAAUCGUCAGGUGAGUUUUAAAACAAACGUCGACAAUCCUAUCAAGAUGUUGGAAAUAAAUGAAUUUUUUGUGGAGAAACCUAUUACAAAAAGCGAAACCAUUGGUGGAAUAAGUGGUUUAAUCAAUACUACACUUACAACUCAAUCACAUUCAGAUGAAAUGAUGAAUAAUAAGGAUUACAAAAAAUAAUCAUAAACAUUAUUAUUUUUAUUUUUUAAGUUUAUGUGAGAACAAAUUUGAUUUAAGUUUGUUAUUAUUUAAAUUGAAUAGAAAAAAAAGUGGUAAUGUAAAAAAAAAAGUAUU